AUGGCCCACGAAACAGGACGGACGGAGCCUGUGGCUGUGCGGGGAGAACCAGCAGUAUGGGUGCUGCCGACACAGGGGGUGGUCCAUAGGUGGGCGCAGCUGGCUUUGGCUGGAGGUGGGUGGACGCAGCAGGCUUUGGCCAAGUGGAGGAGGACGACGCCGUGGGCUGAACUGGACGUGAUGUACCUAUACAGACCCAGUCAGGUGCUGGACAGGAAGGCCUGCCCUGCCCAGAUAGCAAAGACCACCAGCAGCAGAAAGAUCGCAAUGUACACUUUUUUUGCAUCAUCUACACACCGGUGGGGAAAGGUUUUCCGUGAUACUGAUACAAAACUUACACUGAAAUCACUUUCCGGUACUCGGUGGAGCGCAUGGGCUGAGUCGACUAAGGCUCUUUGGAAAUAUUAUGCCCAACUGAGUGAGGCAUUGAAUGAUAUGUCUACAGACAUGGAGGAGAAACGUGAAACUGGAAGUGAAGCCUCUGCUCUCUGUGACAAAAUGGACACACUGGAGAUGGCUUUCAUGGCACACUUCUAG